AUGCGCGCGUGGGUCUCUGAAAACGGCGCCGGCAUCGAGUUCAGGGAGGUGCCGGUGCCGGCAAUCAAAAAACCGGGACAAGUGCUGCUCAAAGUCAAAGUGAGGUAAUAGAAAUUGAAAAAUGUAGAAUUUGGGCUAUUAACAGGCGGCUUCUGUGAAUCCGAUCGACGUGGACAUGUCGCAGGGGUACGGUAGGCAGUUUUUGGGCCGUUGGAAGCAGUUGGUGGCGUGCGACGUUGCCGCCACAAGAUUUCCGCUGAUUCCAGGCCGGGAUUGCACGGCGGUCGUCGAGGCCGUCGGAGGAAAUGUUCAUAAUUUGGCGCCCGGCGAUGAGGUGAUUUUUAAAAAACUCCUUGAAAUCCGUUCUAAAUGUUAACAAAAUUGCAGGUGAUGGCGGUGGUCCCAGUGAUUCAGCCGGGCACACAUGCCGAAUACGUGAUCACCGACGCGAAUUUGUGCUCGAAAAAGCCGGGAAAUUUGAAUUUCGAGCAAGCGGCCGCCCUUCCCUACGUCGCUUCCACUGCGUUUUCGGCGUUUUCGGUCGCACGAGUCAAUGAGGAAAAUGCAAAGUGUGAGCGGGUUUUGAAUUUCUUGCAAGAAUUUCAACCGAAAAGUUGCAGUUCAACGAGUUCUGAUUCACGGAGGAGCCGGCGGCGUCGGAAGUAUGGCAAUUCAGCUGCUGAAGGCGUGGGGAUGCGAGAAGAUUGUGGCGACGUGCGGCAAGGACAGGUUGGAAGACAUUUCUAAAAGUUUCUAGAAAAACAUUCAUUUUAGUUUCGAAAUGGUAUCGAAACUCGGCGCGAUUCCAGUGGAUUACGCAUCGGAACAGGCGACUCAAGAGCUCAUAGGCCACGCCCCUUUUGAAGUUAUUCUGGAUACUGUCGAUUCGCCGUUAGCCAGAUGGAGUGAUAAUGUUCGUUUUACCGAAUUCUGGAAAUUUUUUCCAAAAUCUUCUAAAUGUUUGCAGGUGAUGGGAGUGUGGCGCAACUGUGUGCACGUCUCGAUUGUUUCUCCGUUGAUGCGAGAAAUGGACAAGAAUGGAGUUCCAUUGGGUCUCGCCACGACUGCCAUCAAACACUUCGAGAGGGCUUUUCAGGUUCAUUUCAGUAGAAAACAUAAUUUUUUGACUGCAAGCCUUGUUUCAAAACGCCUUAUUUAUCUCCAAUUUUUGUUUCAAAAUAUUUCAAUUCAGAGUCACCUGCGUGGGCGUUGGUUCUCCUACGCGUUCUUCAUGCCCAGCUCCGAGUUGAUGGCUCAAUUGUCAAAGUUUGCCGAGGAGGGAAAGGUGCAGUAAUUCCAUUCAAUAAUUUCAGGCUCAAAUAGUUAUCGAUGCCCUGUAUCGCUAAAAUCAUAAUUGCAGAUCGUGCCGAUCGUCGAGCGAGUGAUGCGUUUCGAGGAAAUCGAGGACGCCUACGCAAAAGUGUCCCAGCUGAACGGCCGCGGAAAGACCGUCAUUAGAUACUACGAUUAG